AUGAGCAACGGCACCCCAGCCCCCAAUCUCAGCGCCGUCGACGCCUUCGCGCGUGCUCUCUACCGCCGCGCCAAGACGUCCGGGCCCGACUUCGUAGACGUCGCGACCGCCGUCCGCCGCCUGCACACCGUUCUCAAGCACCUAAAGGUCGAGGCUGAGGACCCGGACUCGCUCCUCAACUCUGACGCCUCGCCCGUUUAUGCCCGUCAGCUAGCGCCCCUCAUCGAGGACUGCGACUUCGCCCUCAAGCAGCUCGAGACCAUCCUGGAAAAGUAUGGCGAGGCCCCUCGUCUCGAGGAGCGCGAGCGCGAUAUGGUCGCCAUGAUCCGCUCCAAGCUCGCCGACCAGAAGACAAAUAUCGACAUGUUCCUCGAUACUGUCCAGCUACACAACCCCAGCAAGGCGCAGCGUAUCGUGGAUGAGCAGGGCGGGAACCUUGACAACAUCAAGGACAAGGUGGACGCCAUCGCUGCGAGGCUGUUCGCAAGAAGAGACAGUGGCAUCGGCGAGGACGACGAGGAUCUAUGGCAGCAGUUUCGCACCGAGUUGGAAAAGGAGGGCUUCUCCAAGGAUGUUUUGCGGAAGAACAAGGAGGUUUUGCGUGCUUACAUCCGCGAGCUGGAAGAAUCAACCGGCAAUGAUGCCACAGCACCACCCUCCGUCCGCGGCCUCCUCGCACAGGAGCGCGUUCACUCUCAUUCGGCCAUGGCCGGGACGCCGUCCUCCUUCCAAGACCGAGACGUUGGCGGCCCAGGAGAGACCUAUGGCACUUACAGCGACCGGUACGCCCCAGCAGUGCGAGGUGACCGCCGCAUGGCGGCAGACCCGCGACCCGCGCCCGCCGUGCCAAACGAGUUCAGCACCUUAUCCAUGUACGAGAGGGAAAACGGGAUUGAGGACGAGCACAACGACUCGCUUGCCCUCAUCUCGACCCGCGACCUCAUGGCUAUGGACACGCUCAACAGUGGUAUGGAUAACCUCCGCCUCACUGCCGCCCAACACUAUAGCACCUCCCCGUCCUCCACCUCGCCUGCCUCGCGGUAUCUCCCACCAGACGUAGCAGCCGCCCGCGCUGCCGCGGACUUAUCGUCCACCCCCAACAACCUCGGCGUCUCGCCACGCUUCGUGCCUCCCAUCCCAUCACAUGUCGGCAACGGCGGCCUGCCUCCCUCAGCCUACGGCGCCUCCCCACGGUCAUCUCAGACCCGUAUCGCACCGGAUCGCUAUGGCCUGGAUAUUCCCAUGGAUGCGAAGUGGACCCGUAUUCGCCGUGCCCUCGUCUCCCCUGAGAUCCUCGAGCGCGCUGGGGUCCGCUACGAGGCCCGCCCCGACUACGUCGCUGUACUCGGCGUCCUCACCCGCGAGGAGAUCACAAAGUACGCCCGCCUGUCUGCCGAGGCCCGUGCCGCACGUUCGUCACGAAGUCGCAACGGUGGCCCUGGAGGGGCUGCACCGACGAGCCGCUCCUCCCCUCCACGCCGCCGCGGCGACUCCCAGACCUCCUCGGACGAGCCCCUCUGGGAUUCGUCCGACAACUCCUCGGACGCAAGCUAUCCGGACGAAAAUAAGAAAGGCAACAAGACGUAUUACAUCGUGCCGCCCCCCUCUGACCGGGAAAAGGGCACUUCUCCCGCCGCAACCGUUCAGCCGAAGCCGAUUCUCAAGAAUAAGAACGAGAACCACGUACGCUUCGAUCCGGAGCCGCACGAGCUCGACCCGCACGCCUCAUCCUCGCCACGGUCUCAUCGUGACGACCGUGAGAGGAAGAGGCGUCCCUCCCGCCGAGAGCACAGGGACUACGAUAGCAGGGAUCGCGACGGGAACCACAGAGACCGCGAUCGUGAUCGUGAUCGUGACCGUGAUCGUGACGGAUACAGGGACAGACACCGGGACCGCGACCGGGAUCGCGACCACUACCCCGGCCGGCACCACCGCGAGCGCUCGGAUCGCGAGAGGCGGGACAAGAAGAAGGUCUGGGGCGAGACGCUAGGCGCCGUGGGCAUCGGCGGCGCCGCGGCGAGUCUGCUUAGCGUUCUCACUGAGGCGGCCUCCGUGUUGUAG